UCAUUUCACAGUGUGCACCUGUAUUCAAUAUGACGCUGUUUUCAAGAGACGCUCAGAUGAAGAUGAUGGAGGCAACUGUUAGUAAUGCAGAAAAGUAUCUAGGUCAUUUCUGCUUGCUGCUCGCCUCCUACACUCGAAAGACGGCCAAACUUCGAGACAAAGCCGACAUGCUAGCGAGACAACUUCAUGACUAUGCCAGCACAGAGGAUCCAGAACUGAGCAUCUGCAUGAGAAACUUCUCUGAAGAUCUGGCCAUGGUGCAAGACUACAGACAGGCAGAGGUUGAGAGGCUUGAAACAAGAGUAGUCGCCCCUCUGAAAGCAUAUGGUGAUAUAGUGAAAACUAAACGUGCCGAUUUGAAAAGGUUCAAUGCAGAUCGUAACAAAGAGCUAAAUGAACUGCAGAGACUCGACAAGAUCAAGCAGAAGAACCCAGCAGACAGACAAAGCAUUUCACAGGCAGAAGUGAAUGUCCAGAAGGCCACCAUCAACACCGACAGAAGCACCAGACAGAUGGAAGAGACCAUCUUUGACUUCCAGAAACAGAAACUUGAGGACUUAAAAAAGAUUUUUAUGGACUUCACUAUGGUUGAGAUGCUGUUUCAUGCUAAAGCACUGGAAGUUUACACACACACCUUCCAGAACAUGCAAACAAUGGACAUAGACAGAGACAUGGAGACUUUUAGGAAACGUAUCCAUGUGAAUGAUACCUAUCUGAGUUCUCAGCCUCUGCAGACUUUGACAAUGAGCCACUACCCCAGCCCUCCAUCCUCCCCAUACAGAUCUCCCCAUACAGAUCUACUGCAGAGAUACCUAAACCACGUUUGAGGAGAACUCUGCCCAAGCAGACAGAGACUAGAUAUGAAGAGGAAGAAGAGGAGGAAGAUGAUGGGACAUAUGUGUCUGAGGAGGAAGAGGAACCCCACACAUUCAGACAAUCUUAUGCUGCUGAAUAUAUUAAGACUCAGAGAUAGAAAUAUGCACAACGUUCUUCUUGGAACAUUUAGUCCUUAAGUCCUUAAUACAGACACACCUGUUAUGGCAUAUCCUGUCUCCAAAAUCAUAAUUGAUAAACGCAUUUGUGUGACUCUCAAAUAAAAAAUUUGCAAUGUGAUAAUAAAAGCUAAGUGAUGAUAUAAACUGUUUUGUUCAACCCCAAUUCUGAAAAAGUUGAGAC